CAGAUUUUUUUCCCUUAACUUGUACUCUUUUUGCUUCCUCUCUUCCCUUCCUUGCUUACUUUCUUCUCUUCUGGAUGGAUAACUACUCCCUCCUCUACAGUUCCUCUCACAGAACCGGACUUCUCUCCGGUUUCCAGCGCCUGCGCUCCGAGAGGAAGAUGUGCGAUGUUGUCCUGGAGGCCGGUGGCAUAGCCUUCCCGUGCCAUCGUGCCCUCUUGGCGGGAUCCAGCGACUAUUUUUGGGCCCUUUUCGGAGAUACUACCGCAGAGAGAUUAGCGGGCUCUGUUAGCCUCCCGGCGCUAACGCCUGAGGGCCUAGACGCCAUGCUGGACUUCCUGUAUUCUGGCUGGCUCAGCGUUUCACCUGCCACGCUUCCUGCUGUCCUGGAAGCGGCCAGGUACCUGCAGGUGGAGACGGCAGUGUCAAUAUGCGAGCAGUUCAUGACUGAUGGUUUAAACGCUGAGAACUGCUGCGGCUAUGCUAAUCUGGCUGAGCGCCAUGCACUCUCCAAUGCACUGGAGGCUGCCAACCAAACCAUCGCCAUGGAGAUGGGGAGGUUGCUACGGGAGAACAGGGAUGAUCUCCUCGGGUUGAACAUCCAAUCACUGCUGGUGGUGCUGGACGCAGAUGAGAUACCUAGAGUCAAGGAGGUGGAGCUUAUAAGGCUGGCUCUGGAUUGGCUGGAUGAGAAUGGGCCCCUCCCACUAUUAAAGUCAAACCUGCUGCUGAGUCGUCUCCGCUUCGGAUUGGUCGCCCCCGCCGACCUCAUAAAUCUCAGCCACGCACACAAAGCCAUGACGACGCCUCUAAUCAGGAGCCAGAUGACCCGAGCACUGGAGUACCACAGGCUGGGUUCAGCUCAGCCAAUCAGACAGAGCAGACAAUCCAGUCUGAGAGUGUCGCCCAAUCGCGUGCUGCUCAUUGGGGGCGGGUCCAGCGCCAAUUGGCCAGAGCAGCAUGUGUUGGCAUUUGAUCCCAGAAGCAGGAAGUUUUCAUCUCUGGGUUUUGCUCUCCCGCUACGACUGAGAAACCCCUGUGUGUGCUCAGUGGGAGGAUUUCUGUUUGUGAUCGGAGGAGAGGAAGUCAAAGAGGGAGACGAUGAUGGGAAGAAGUCCGUCACCAUGGCAACGUCCAAUCAGGUGUGGAGGUACGACCCUCGCUUCAACUGCUGGGAGCAGGUGGAGUCGAUGCUGGAGCGGCGGGCGCAGUUCACCUGCUGCGUGGUGGAGGAUGUAAUUUAUGCCGUCGGGGGUCGACACACACGUCCGGACGCCGACACACACUCCUCUGUGGCUUCUGUCGAGUUUUAUGACAUGUCCACGGGAGCGUGGAGGAGAGGAGCACCGCUGCCUCAACCCCUCUACGGCCACGCCUCCACCACGCUCGACAACGGCAUCUACGUGUCAGGUGGUCUCCCGGGCAACCAGGGAAGCAGCAUCCGUGGCGGUUACCAUGGCGAGAACAGAGAGAGCAGCAGAGAAGUCCUGUUCUGGGACCUCAGAGGCAAAGUGUGGGAAAAGAGGGCGUCCAUGUCCAUCGCCAGGUUUAGCCAUCGCUUGGCAACCGCCCACGGCUACAUCUACGCCCUGCUGGGGAUGUACGAGCCGUUCUGUGACAUUGAACGCUACGAUUCAAAGUCGGACCAUUGGACGCGACUUAAACCGCUUCUGACCGGAUCCUUCGACUACGGGAUGGUGUCCACGGCGUCCGGGAAUCUUCUCGUGUUCGGAGGGAGGAGGUGGAGCGACGGACAGGAAGUGAUCGUGAAGAGCGUGCUGGAGUAUGAUACUAAAAGAGAUCGCUGGAGGGAGAUCUGCCAGCUUCCCAGACCUCUCACUGGGACUGAGUGCACUCUGCUGCCUCUGCCAGACUGAAGGGCACCAAAAUGUGGGAAAAAUAUUAACAAGCGAUGAGCCGGUGCCUUAAAUAAGACCGUUUGAUGUUCGUAGGUGCUACAUAGUCACGAAAUGAACCCUCAGUUUUCCACAUUGCUCAACAUUUAAGCUUAGGUGUCUCAAACAUAGAAAGGAGGAAAGUUUUAUGGCCUGCUUUGAUAUAUUUUUACCAGAUCUGAAAGUGAAUUCCACUGUGUAGAAGAGAAAAAGAAGCUUAAAGAUCACCGAAAAUGUCAAACAACCACUGGUGUGAGGCUGAAUUACCCAAUGGCCGAAUGUAACAGUGUGCAAAGAAAAGCCAUAAAAUGAGAGCUAAGGGGAGCAAUAAAAGAGAUUUUAAAGAAUAAAUAGAGGAGGAGGUGAAGAGAUUUAGUGGGAAGAAGGCAAUUCAGGAGGAGGAAGGAGUCAAAACAGGAGAUAAGGCGAUGAAGAUGGAGGAAGACGCCAUUGAAACAGCAAAUCUAAGCUGAAUGUGUUUAAAAAGUUGCAGAUAAAAGUUGCAGUGUGUGUGACAUUCC